AUGAUAUCGGCUGACGAUGAGUGUCUAAGCGGUGAGCAGAGAGACACCGACUUCUCAGCCCCUCGUAGCCCGGAAGAUGUUGUCUACUCGUUAUCAUCUCGGAUCUCUCACCAAGAACUCAGCCCGGAAGCGUCCGUCGGGAGCAGCGCCACCUCAAGCUCGUCGAGCUCGAUGUUCUUGCCCGAAACAUCGGACAGCGAUUUCCAUACCUGGCCGUCCUCGUCGCGCAGCACUGAUUACAUCCCGAGCACCGAUGACAUCAAUCAAGCUCUGGCUCAGUUGACCAGUCGAAGCUGGAGUCAAGAGGUCGAAGAUGAGCCGAUCACCCCGUGCAACGAUUCCACGUACAGUUACGUGAGCGCCGUGAUCCAACAGCUGCAAACGAACAGCUCCACAGCAUCGUCGCCCACGAGCUCGACGUUCACGAGCCCGCGGAGCAGCUCGACAAGGUCGUCUUUCGGAAGAGGUUCCGCUCGUGCCAAACGAUCUUUGUCGCAGUCGCCGAGCGAUUGCUCCUUGGACAUAAACACGAUAAUCCGGCAAUCACCGACGUCUCUGUCAGCCUAUCUGAGCAGUUCUCGGAGCUCGCUGGUCUCUGGAUCUGGUUCGUACGGGCAUCUGUCGGCGAGAAACUCUCUGCAGAAUUCCCCAAAUUCUGAUCAGGGUCCUCGUCGUUUCAGUUUCACAGCGAGCGGCGUAGUCUCUCCCGACCUCGCUCUCCAGGCAAUCCAGGAGCUCGAGCAGGCUUCGUACAGAGGGGACGAGCUGGUCGAUGCAAACUUAGCUGUGAUAGAACAACAGCCGCUACGAGAGAAGCCGCCGUAUUUCGAUCAUCAAUUCAUUCCUCCGGCUCCACCUCCGACCGUCUCGAACCAGCAAUCUCCGUCUCAGAUGCCUCCUUUGCGACAUUGCUCCAGCAUGGAGAGACUCCUCCGCUCUCAGAUAAGUUUCGACAUGGAUGACGAUGACGACAAUUUCGACACGCAGCUGGCGCCUUCCACGGUCGCUCCGGAACCGGCGAGACCUCCUCCGUCCUACGACGAACACUGUCAGAUGGCUCAGCAGAGGAGAUGGCACCACCACAAAGUGAAUUCGACCGACUCGCUGCCUUCGAAUUACUCAUCGUUCGACUCGUCGGGGAGUGAUUUCGCGACAGAGCUUGACGCAACCUCAGGAGGAAGCGAUGCUCAGAGAUGCUACGACUGUUUGUGGCAGGACUGCGGGAGCCCUUUCGACGAUCAGGAAGAUUUGGUUCGACACAUCGAGAGCAUUCAUGUGGAGGGUCACCGCGGCGUCGGGGAUGAUUUCGUCUGCCACUGGGCUGAAUGCCCUCGGAGGAAGAAAGCUUUCAACGCCCGCUACAAGCUCCUGAUUCAUAUGCGAAUACAUUCCGGAGAAAAGCCGAACAAGUGCUCGUUCGAUGGUUGCAAUAAGUCAUUUUCACGGUUGGAAAAUUUAAAAAUUCAUCUGCGCUCUCAUACGGGCGAAAGACCAUACCAGUGCCAGUAUCCAGGCUGCAACCGGGCGUUUAGCAACUCGAGCGACAGGGCCAAGCACCAACGGACCCAUCAAGAAACUAAACCCUACGCCUGCACGGUCAAGGAUUGUUCGAAGCGCUACACAGAUCCAAGCUCUUUGAGGAAACAUCUGAAGAGUCAUGCAGUGACAGACGGGACUCGCAAAAAAUUGAAAUGUGAAUCGGACUUUUCUGAUCCUGCCGAUCUGAAGUCAUCAGAUUUGUGCGACGUGGAGCCGAAAACAAGUUUCUCUCAACACGGAAGUUUCGACCGGAAUGAAGUCUCCGUCGACUCAUCCCGUUCGGGCUCGAUGGCACCUAUUCAGCUCCCGCUGAAUGUUAUGGUGACUCAAUCGCAAGGCCCGCAGCUCUCAAUAGAUCAAGGAUAUCUCGCAUCGGUCCGAGCUCCGCGGUACUCAACGCUUCUGUCCACGUCCUUGCGAGGCAGCGAUGUCGUCCUGAACGAUGAAUUCGGUUUGGCCGACUUCGAUCGCUCCUCUCAUCAGGAUUCUUCUUUGGCGGGAAAGUUCGAGAGCGGCACGACAGUUCGGACCGUCGGACAGGUUGAUCGCAAUCCAGAAGAUACCUUCGAAACCUGUCCUGGACACCCCGUUACAAAAGACGGGGUGACUGAAAAUCUCUUCGCGAGCUAUCAGUCGCCGUCGCCGUUGCCACCCUUCGACGCGUUCUACAUUUCAAAUCCCUACGAUUCUUUCCACGGAUCCUGA